GCGGGGUGACCAAAAUUUCGCGCCAAACUGGCGGGUAAUCCCCGUGUUAGUGUGACGUGCUAGCUCGGAAGUGUUUUCUGCCGCUAUCAUGGUUCGUCCGCUAAACUGCAUCGUCGCUGUGUCCCAGAACAUGGGCAUCGGCAAGAACGGGGACCUGCCCUGGCCCCCGCUCAGGAAUGAAUACAGGUAUUUCCAAAGAAUGACCACAACCUCUUCAGUAGAAGGUAAUCAGAAUUUGGUGAUUAUGGGUAGGAAAACCUGGUUCUCCAUUCCGGAGAAGAAUCGACCUUUAAAGGACAGAAUUAAUAUAGUUCUCAGCAGAGAACUCAAGGAACCUCCACAGGGAGCUCAUUUUCUUGCCAAAAGUCUGGAUGGUGCCUUAAAACUUAUUGAGCAACCAGAAUUAACAAAUAUAGUGGACAUGGUCUGGAUAGUGGGAGGCAGUUCUGUUUAUAAGGAAGCCAUGAACAAGCCAGGCCAUCUUAGACUAUUUGUGACAAGGAUCAUGCAGGAAUUUGAAAGUGACACAUUUUUUCCAGAAAUUGAUUUGGAAAAAUAUAAACUUAUCCCAGAAUAUCCAGGUGUUCCUUCUGAUGUCCAGGAGGAGAAAGGCAUUAAGUACAAAUUUGAAGUAUAUGAAAAGAACAAUUAAUGUGAAAGUGUUUUCUGAUCUAUUUCAAGCCUCCUCCUCCCCCAGCAAAAUUACGUAUUUUUUGUUGUAGAGACUUUUGUUGACUUUAGAUCUAUGGAUAAUUAUUUCUAAGCAAAGUACUUUUAUUUCCCAUUAAUCUUAACUAGACUGUAUCACCAUCUGUGAAACAUUUCUUGCUGUAACUUCCUGAAUGCCCAUCAAGAGUCAAGAAUAGGUAACCAGGGGCUUCCCUGGUAGCGCAGUGGUUGAGAGUCCGCCUGCCAAUGCAGGGUACACGGGU